UGACAAGGCUCGGGCUUCAUGCUUAACUUCCGUGAGCCUCGGUUUCAUAAUCAACAAGAUUCUCGGGGUUUAACUGGGACCAUGCUGCCUGUAAAGCAUUGUGUCUGGCACACAGUAGGUGCUCAAUAUGUGCUUACUUUCCAUUCCUUUCUUCCAAGAAGACCAGGAUUUGCAAUGAUAGAGGAAGGAUGCAAGAGUGAUGGAUGGAGCUGGCUGCUCCCACCUGCAAGGCUGCAAGACUGAGAGGUGAGCUGCAUGACCCAGGGCACCACAUUCCUCAUCAGCAGACCAAAAGCGGUCACUGCUUUCCUCCAGAAAGUGUGCAAGCAGAAGCUCGGCUCCUGGUGCCAGAGUGAGCCUGUGGCUGCUUUUUCUCCUCUUUCACAAUCCUCACUCCUUUCCAGGCUCCACCCUCCUGGCUCAGUGACGCAGCAGGAGGAAGCCUCUCUGGUAGCAAUCAGUCUUCCAGGCACAGCGGCUGGCAAAGGAAUAAUCGAGAUGCCUGAGUUGAGAAGGUGGAAUGUCAGAAGACUGAGAAUCUCGAACCUUCCUCGUACGGCUGCUCUGUUGCCAGAGAAUCCCAAUUUACACUCAAAGCUUCUUUGAUUAAGUGCAAGGAGACAAGUUUGCAUUUUCUCAGGGAAAAGGCAAAAAUUGGUAGCAGGUGGCGUUUACUGUCAUGGAGACCGGGGAUCAUAAGAACCUCCAGGAGGAACCCACAUCCUCCAGCGGUAGAAGAGCUACAGUGGAAGACAAUCACUUGCUGAUUAAAGCUGUUCAAAAGGGAGAUGUUGGCCUGGUCCAGCAAUUGCUGGAUGGCGGGGCCGAUGUUAAUUUCCAGGAAGAGGCAGGGGGCUGGACACCUCUGCAUAACGCAGUACAAAUGAGCAGGGAGGACAUUGUGGAGCUUCUGCUUCUUCAUGGUGCUGACCCUGUUCUGAGGAAGAAGAAUGGGGCCACCCCCUUCAUUGUUGCAGCCAUUGGGGGGAACGUGAAGCUGCUGGAACUUUUCCUUUCUAAAGGAGCAGAUGUGAAUGAGUGUGAUUUUUACGGCUUCACAGCCUUCAUGGAAGCCGCUGCGUAUGGUAAGGUCAAAGCCCUAAAAUUCCUUCAUGAGAGAGGAGCAAAUGUGAAUUUGAGGCGAAAGACCAGGGAGGAUCAAGAGCGGCUGAAGAAAGGAGGGGCCACAGCUCUCAUGGACGCUGCUGAAGAAGGCCACGAAGAGGUCUUGAAGAUUCUCCUUGAUGAGAUGGGGGCAGAUGUCAACGCCUGUGACAAUAUGGGCAGAAAUGCCUUGAUCCAUGCUCUCCUGAGCUCUCACAAUAGGAAUGUGGAGGCUACUACACACCUGCUGCUGGACCACGGGGCUGAUGUCAAUGUGAGGGGAGAAAAAGGGAAGACGCCCCUGAUCCUGGCCGUGGAGAAGAGGCACUUGGGGUUGGUGCAGAGGCUUCUGGAGGAAGAGCACAUAGAGAUCGAUGACACAGACAGUGAAGGCAAAACGGCGCUGCUGCUUGCUGUUGAACUCAAACUGAAGGAGAUCGCUGAGUUGCUAUGCAGCCGUGGAGCCAGUACGGAUUGUGGGGAUCUUGUUAUGAUAGCGAGGCGGAAUUAUGACAGUUCUCUUGUGAAGUUUCUUCUCGAUCAUGGAGCCAAAGAACAUUUUCACCCUCCUGCCGAAGACUGGAAGCCUCAGAGCUCACGCUGGGGGGCAGCCCUGAGGGAUCUCCACAGAAUAUACCGCCCCAUGAUUGGCAAACUCAAAUUCUUUAUUGAUGACAAAUACAAAAUUGCUGACACUUCGGAAGGGGGCAUCUACCUGGGGUUCUAUGAGAAGCAGGAAGUAGCUGUGAAGACGUUCUGUGAGGGGAGCACACGUGCGCGGCAGGAAGUCUCUUGUCUGCAAAGCAGCCGAGAGAACAGUAACUUGGUGACCUUCUAUGGGAGUGAGAGCCACAGGGGCCACUUGUUUGUGUGUGUCACCCUCUGUGAGCAGACUCUGGAAGCGUAUUUGGAUGUGCACAGAGGGGAAGCUGUGGACAAUGAAGAAGAUAAAUUUGCCCGAAAUGUCCUAUCAUCUAUAUUUAAGGCUGUCCAAGAACUACACUUGUCCUGUGGAUACACCCACCAGGAUCUGCAACCACAAAACAUCUUAAUGAAUUCUAAGAAUGCUGUUCACCUGGCAGAUUUUGAUCAGAGCCUCAAGUGGACUGGAGAUCCACAGGAACUCCAGAGAGAUCUGGAGGAUCUUGGACGGCUGGUCCUCUAUGUGGUAAAGAAGGGAAGCAUCCCCUUUGAGGAACUGAAGGCUCAAAGUAAUGAAGAGGUGGUUCGACUUUCUCCAGAUGAAGAAACUAAGGACCUCAUUAAUCAUCUCUUCCACCCUGGGGCACAUGUGAGGGACUGUCUGAGUGACCUGCUAGUUCAUCCCUUCUUUUGGACUUGGGAGAGCCGCUAUAGGACACUUCGGAACGUGGGAAAUGAAUCCGACAUCAAAACGGGAAAAUGUGGAAGCGAGAUCCUCAAACUGCUGGAACCUGGGCCAUCCGAACAUUCCAAAAGUUUUGACGAGUGGACAACUAAGAUUAAUGAAUAUGUUAUGAAAAAAAUGAAUAUGUUUUAUAAAAAGAGAAGAAGAAGAUGCUACCAGAACACUGUGGGUGAUCUGCUGAAGUUCAUCCGGAAUUUGGGAGAACACAUUGAUGAAGAAAAUAGUAAAGAGAUAAAAUUAAAAAUUGGAGAUCCUUCCUGGCAUUUUCAGAAGACAUUUCCAGAUCUGGUGAUCUAUGUCUAUGCAAAACUACAGAACACAGAAUAUAGAAAGCAUUUCCCCCAUACCUACAGUUCAAACAAGCCUCAGUGUGAUGGAGCUGGCGGGGCCAGUGGGCUGGCCAGUCCUGGAUGCUGAUGAACUGAGUUGUUGGAGUUCAGAGAGCUGCUUAUCAGCUGCAGAGUCCUUGGAAAGUCACAACGCUCUGGGCCUUUUAACUCACCAGCCUGCUUGUGAGGGAUGAGUUGCAUAGCUGAUAUGUCAAUCCCUGGCACAGUAUUCCACAUGUCUGUAACAAAAGCAGUAUGUGCCUAGACUGCACUAGUCCAUAAGCUUUACCCACUAACUGGGAGGCCAUUCUGCUAAGAUUCCUUUUGUCAACUGCACCAAAAGAAUGAGUGCCUUGACCCCUAAUUCUGCAUAUGUUACAAUUCUCUCAUAUAAUUUUCCCAACGAUCUUGCAAAACAGGAAUUGUUAUCUCCAUUUAAGAAAUGAGGAACCUGAGACUCAGAGAGUGUGAGCUACUGGCCCAAGAUUAUUCAAUUUAUACAGAGCACUGUAUAAAUGGAUGUGGUAUUAUUGGUACUUCUCAUUUGGGCACCUUAAAACUUAACUAUCAGCCAGGGCUCUUCUGGAUGAGGCCCAAAACAUAUAUAGGGACUUCAGGGGGCUCAUUCAUUCAUUCAAUAUUUAUUGAGCACCUAGUAUAAGUCUGGGCACUGGGUGCAUGAAUUCCAUUCCUUCCAGAACCAAUUGCAAUGGUUUUCCAUGACCUUAAGGCAGUAGUUUUCAACUGGGGGCAAUUUUGCACCUCAGAGAGCAUUUGGCAGUGUCUGAAGAAGUGUUUGGUGUCACAGCUUUAUGGCGGGCAUGCUACAGCGGUUAGUGGGUAAAGACCAGGGAUGCUGCCAUAUCUACAUUGCAUAGGACAGCCUCUGCAACAAAGAAUUAUCCAGAUCAAAAUAUCAAUGGUGCCGAGGUUGAGAAUGCCUGCCUUAAAGGGCUAGGAUGCUUUUGAACUAACUUAGGGCCCAGGACUGUGGAGUAUGUGGACCACCUCACAGAGGAGGGACUCACAUUUGUUUACUCUUGCUGGAUAUGUAGUGAUGGAGUUUAUUCCAGUGUCAGCCC